CUAACGCUAACUAAGUGUUUAGUUACCAUGCCCAAAAGCCCCAUGCCUUUCCUGGUUGGAUAACCAAAUCCAACCGGCGAUUUCCUACAAGUUUGUCUUUUUUUUGGGGGAAGCUAAGAAAGGACAAAGAAAAAUGAAUAUCAUGUUUACACCGAUCGGAUUUCAAAAAGUCCUUCGACCCUUACGUUUUAUUCAUUCUAUGAUUCUCCUUUCUACCCUUGUUUUGACUACCUGUCUCCUGUCUCAUUGGAUUGGCUUUGAUCCCUACCUUAUUAUAGUGAGGGUCAAAGGUUCCAUUUUACUCCAUGCCUUACGUGCUCUUUUUAGGCUCUUUGGUUUGGAAAUACCUAUCCUUCUUCUUUCGCUCAUCGCUUUGGUAGGCGGUUGAAGCAGCUUUCAAAUGGAGGAUAAUUCCGCUGGAGGAAGGGCGGUGGAUUCAGGGUCGGGGUCGGAUAAUUGGCAAAAGUACCUCAACUUAUCCGAGGAAAAUGACUCCGCCGCAUCAGCCUCUCCCCCGUCGUCCUCUUUUUUCAGAGGACUUUCGGACAUGUCCCCUGCACCAGACCUUGGGGAGGAAGUGCAGCAAGUGAGCCCUACUCAUUCCAUUUCCCAAACGGAUCUAUGGAAUUCACCUUCCUCGUCGGCUCCAACCCCAGGUCAGGAUAAUCAACCGCCCCUGAUCCCAGAGCUCCACCCUCCGCUUCUCGAUGACGACACCCGUCGAGCGGAGCUCGCGAGUAGGUUAAGAACCGUUUUAUGGGGGAAAGCUUAUAGGGAAGAAAUGAUAGACUCCGUUGUUGAUACGCAAGUGCACAUUGAAAAACAUAUUCAAGCUGCACUUGUGGGACGGGACUAUUCGGUUGAGUCUCUUCUUGCGAAGAGGCACCAGAUCAGGGGGCUCAUCUUCUCCCCAAUGGGAGAAGCGCUUAGUGAAAGGACUUACGCUUUGCACCUGAAGGAGAUUCUCCAGUUGGGUACAGUGCAAAGCCUUCCAUUUCGGCGGGUUGAAAGG